GCGGCACUGAUGGAGAGACACUGCUGAGCUGUUGGGUGGAGAAGUGUAGAGAGACUGAACUCACAUCUGCUCUGAAGCACCUUUCAUCAUGUUCUUCAAGAAGGUCGAGGAAAAUAUUGAGCUGUGGGGCAGCGAGAAGGAUGACACUGAGCCUUUACUUCCUUCGCUGCCCACCCACAGAACAUUUGACUAUGUGCUGGUCGCCAAUAAAGUGGACAAUGAGCAAAAGACUUUGAGACAGGAAGCCUUUAUAGCACAGCUGAAAAAGAAAAACAUACAAAUCACUAGGAUUACCAAUGACAACAAAGAAUUUUUUGGCCUCCGUGCUCCCAGUGAGAUGUUUGAAGUCUACCAGUACCUGCUGAAAGUUUCUGACUCUUGCAACUGUUGUGGAGAUGAGAAAGGAGCUGUCACCCAGGCAACCAGGAUCCGAAUUGUUCAUUUCAUCCUUCAUCACACGUACAUCAACACAGGAGAAAACCUGGAAGAGCUGUUAAUGAAGGAUGUGUUUGAAACCAUGUUCUGUCUUCAUGAAAGAAAGGAGCAGAAAGAGCUGAGGAAAAAAUGGGCUCGAUGGACAGCUCUGUUUAGGAGACAGCCGGUCAAUGACAUCAAGUCUUACUUCGGGGAGAAGGUGGCUCUGUACUACCUUUGGCUUGCCUGGUACACUAAACUGCUGGUACCAGCUGCUAUUCUGGGUGUUAUAGUGUUUCUCUAUGGCCUCGCCUUUUUCAACACCAACCCUCUCAUUAAGGAAGUGUGUGACUCCAACAUCACUAUGUGUCCUCGCUGUGAAAAGAGGUGUGAGACAUGGAAACUCUCAGACAGCUGCACCUAUGCUAAGGUCACACAUUUGUUUGACAAUGAAGGCACUGUGGCUUUUGCAAUGUUCAUGGCAAUCUGGGCCACUCUGUUCUUGGAGCUGUGGAAGAGACACAGAGCUAAACAUGUUUCUAAAUGGAAGGUCUAUGACUGGUGUGAAGAGGAGGAGGAACUGAUCAUGGAACUAGUGAAUGAUCCAAACUGCAAAGCUAAACAGUUCAGACACUCCUAUCUACGGAGUACCCUGGUCCUCAUCCUGGUAACACUCAUGUUGAUGCUGAUUAUUGGCCUCGCUCAUGCUCUUGUGGUAUUUCGAGUUGUUGCUGCCCCCUUGAUGUCUGAAAGUAAAUGGAAUUUUUUGAAAGACAACGCCAACCUUGUAUCUGUUUUUCUUGGAGCUGUGCUGCACUACAUCACUAUUCAGAUCAUGACCCGCGUCAACAGAUGGGUCUCCCUGAAGUUGUGUGAUCUCGAGAAGCUGAACUCACUUGCUGCUACCGAGAGGAGCUUCACAGUCAAGAUGUUCACCUUCCAGUUCUUCACCCUCUUCUCCUCUCUCUUUUAUGUGGCCUUUUUUCUGGGCAGGAUAAAUGGCCAUCCAGGAAACUAUGUGCGUCUUGCUGGGUAUCGACUGGAAGAGUGUCAUCCCAGCGGCUGUCUGACAGACCUCUUUAUCCAGAUGGCUGUAAUCAUGCUGCUCAAACAGACUCUCAACAACAUCAUUGAGUUCACAGUACCCUGGUGCAAAAGACUUGUGAAUGAAAAAGCUGCAAAGAAGCUGGAGAGGAAAUGCGGUAACUGUUACAGGAAGGCUUGUCGAGAGGAAAAUGGAUGUAUUGAACCAUGUGACAUUUGCAAACAUCGUGACUGGCUGCGUAACUACCACCUGGCCAGCAGUGAUGCCUUCAGUCUGUUCAAUGAAUUUUUGGAAAUGGUGAUCCAAUUUAGUUUCACCACCAUAUUCGUGGCAGCAUUUCCCCUCGCACCCCUUUUAGCACUCAUCAACAACAUCUUUGAGAUCCGUCUGGAUGCUAUCAAAAUGGUCCACCUGGAGCAACGGCUGGUACCCAAGAAGACUAAUGACAUCGGUGUGUGGACAAAGCUGUUGGAGGCCAUUGGUGUGCUGGCAGUGAUCGCUAAUGGUCUGGUUAUUGGAAUCACAUCGGACUUUAUUCCUCGACUUGUCUAUCGUUACCAUUAUGGCCCGUGCGCUAAGGGAAAGCUCAAUUACACAGACUGCAUGGAGGGCUACAUUAAUGACACUCUGUCAAAAGCGUAUAUGAAUAAUUCAAACUUCGAUGCAUUCAUAAAUCCCUGGGAAAGGCAUAACUUCAGCGUCAAAGAGUGCAGCUACAGAGACUACAGGAAUGAAAAUGACUACUCGCUGAAGUCUCAGUUCUGGUUGGUCUUGGCUGUGCGCUUUGCCUUUAUCAUCCUCUUUGAGCAUGUUUUAGUGAUGUGUAAGUUUAUAGCAGCCUGGUUCGUCCCAGAUAAUCCCACGCAAGUGAAAAAUGAACGUCUGCAAGACAAACUGACUCGUCUGAAACACGAGCUACGUGAAAAGAAACUGAGCAAAUCAACAGAUGUCUGACUUCCCCACUCUGACCUCAGGUCUGUGCCCACUGGCACAUGCUGCCUUGGUGAAAUAUGAAAUGGAAAGAUGGAUAUGGCUGCUGCACUACAUUUCAGCUGCAGCAUUCUUAGAUUCAUGUAUCAGGGUGUUAACAGACUACACAUGAGGUCUUGUGAUGUUCUGAUAUUAAAAUAUAUAUUUUUGCCAUUUAGAGUUAUUAAUACCUUGGUGUUGCAGGUCUUGGUUGGACACAGUUUAACUGUUCAUCUAGCAAGAGUUCGUCUUAAUUAGCCUUUAAACAUUUUAGUCAGAUAACUGGCUGUUCCUGAAAACAGGGCUGUGUGUUCAUGCAUUGUCAGAUAACAAGUGUCCCACUUCCAGCUUCUAUACACACUAAUCUGCAUAUCAGACACUGUGUGCGCUAACAUCAAGAUUAAAUGUGUAUAUUUAUUAAAGCUUUAGACAAAUACUAGAUAAAUUUUCCAUUAAGCAGUCAUGAGAAAAGAACUCAUUUUAAAUAAUGUUUCUUUACAGCCUCUAGAUAAGGUCAUCCCCUGUGACUGUAUGAUUGGCUUACUGAAUGCAUGAUGCGUCAUGUGAUCCUUAAGUGUUUUAUCAGGUUUGAUUCGAGGUUAAACUCUGAGUAAAGAAGCUGUUGGAGAUGAAUCCUACAAAUGUGAGUGGUUAGAAACAGGAAUUCAUUUUGGUUCUUAAAAAUAUGCUUUUUACUGGCAGCGUUGCAAUGUUUGAAUGUUUUACUUUAAAAUGUUUUAAAAAUGUAACUGUUGUUCAUAAUUCCAGUGUCACAGUAUAACAUGUAUAGUUAUUUGGAUUGAGCCAGAAUCAUAAGGGAGCUUAGCUUAAGCACCAGCACUGUGUUGAGGGCAGUAAGUAGUUCUCUCCUUUAGCAGCAAUAAACUAUUAACACAUGCAUACUGGCUCAUGAAUGUUAAUGCUAGACUUCAGGGUGCACAGAAUCUGUACUCAUCCUCAGUAUUCACAUUCAUGUUUUCUUUUGGAUAAGUCAGCAGUGUCUCUUUAAAGUUCCAAUUCCAGAACUGCAAGGCAUUUUAUUAUUGCUACAUUAUUUUGAAUAUACACUUGUAUCUAUAUAGGAUUAUUUCAAAUGUUUUCUUAGUAAUGUGUGUAGAA